AAUGUUGUAAGAUUCAAGUAGGCGCUUCAGCAGUGCCAAAAGGCACAUUUAUUUUAUUUACAUUUAUUUGUUUGCUUUUGUUUACUUUGCGCCCGGUCGCAGCUGUUCCGUUGGCGUUGUUUUUUUUUUUUUUUGUUAAGCUGAUUUAUUUAUGGUUAACCCAAUGCAAAUACUUUGAUAAGUCAACAUGUCAGAGGUACGCAUACGUCCGCGCCAAGUGCUUGUGCUCAUUAUUGUGUUCAUCUUUGUGCUAAUGAUGGUGCAUCGCAAUGGUAAGCACACCUGCCAGGGCCCGGAAUAUCUGCAAGCCAUGUAUUCGCAAUCGCAGGCCAACAAAUUGCCCAAAAUCUAUGCCAUAACGCCCACGUAUGCACGGCCAGCACAAAAAGCCGAGCUAACGAGAUUAUCUCAUUUGUUUAUGCUGGUGCCCAAUCUGCACUGGAUCAUUAUUGAGGAUUCAAAUACCACAACAUCUCUUGUGCGCAAUGUGUUGCUGCGUGCUGGACUGGAAAAGCGCUUUACUCAGCUAAACAUAAAGACACCUACAGAAUUCAAGAUCAAAGGCAAGGAUCCAAAUUGGAUUAAGCCACGCGGCGUGGAGCAGCGAAACUUGGCGCUGGCUUGGCUGCGUGCUCACGCUGAUGUGGAUCACCAUGCUGUUGUAUUUUUCAUGGAUGAUGAUAACUCAUAUUCCGUUGAAUUGUUUGCGGAAAUGAUGAAAAUUAAACCGGGACGUGUGGGAGUCUGGCCCGUGGGCUUGGUAGGCGGCCUAAUGGUGGAGAAGCCACUGCUAGAUGAAGACAACAAGGUGAUUGGCUUCAAUGCAGCCUGGCGGCCAGAAAGACCGUUUCCCAUUGAUAUGGCUGCCUUUGCCAUCAGCCUGGAUCUUUUUAUCAAAUAUCCUCAGGCAGUGUUCUCCUAUGAGGUGCAGCGUGGAUAUCAAGAGAGCGAAAUACUGCGACAUCUAGCCACACGUGACCAGCUUCAGCCCCUGGCGAAUAACUGUCGUGAUGUCCUCGUGUGGCACACACGCACCGAGAAAACGAAACUCAGCUCCGAGGAGGCACUUAUAAAACAGGGAAAACGCUCCGAUGAGGGCAUGCAGGUUUAAAUCGGAGAUUACUUAACUUCACACCCACAUACACACUACACUCAAGCCAGUGACUGAGUGCAUCAGCCCAUAGAGAUUUUAUAUGUACAUUAUUUAACUCAUUUUUAUUCGAACUGUAUUUGUCCUAUGUAUUAUAUUCCUUA